AUGAACACUGAUGCUGUCCUCAUAGGGAGUGCAGCAAUGGACACUGGUGCAGUUCACACAGGGAGCAGGACCAUGGGCACUGGUGCAGUUCACAUAGGGAGCAGAAUGAUGGGUACUGGUGCAGUUCACACAAGGAGUGGGGUGAUGGGCACUGGUGCAGUUCACACAGGGAGCAGAACGAUGGGCACUGGUGCAGUUCACACAGGGAGUGGGGUGAUGGGCACUGGUGCAGUUCACACAAGGAGCAGAACGAUGGGUACUGGUGCAGUUCACAAAGGGAGCGGGUCAUUGGGCACUGGUGCAGUUCACACAAGGAGCAGAACGAUGGGCACUGGUGCAGUUCACACAGGGAGCGGGGUGAUAGGCACUGGUGCUGUUCACACAGGGAGCAGAAUGAUGGGCACUGGUGCAGUUCACACAGGGAGGAGAACGAUGGGCACUGGUGCAGUUCACACAGAGAGUGGGUCAAUGGGCACUGGUGCAGCUCACACAGGGAGCAGAACGAUGGGCACUGGUGCAGUUCACACAAAGAGCGGGUCGAUGGGCACUGGAGCAGUUCACACAGGGAGCAGAAUGAUGGGCACUGGUGCAGUUCACACAGGGAGUGGGGUGAUGCACACUGGUGCAGUUCACACAAGGAACAGAACGAUAGGCACUGGUGCAGUUCACACAGGGAGUGGGGUGAUGGGCACUGGUGCAGUUCACACAGGGAGCAGAACGAUGGGCACUGGUGCAGUUCACACAGGGAGCGGGGUGAUAGGCACUGGUGCUGUUCACACAGGGAGCAGAAUGAUGGGCUCUGGUGCAGUUCACACAGGGAGCAGAACGAUGGGCACUGGUACAGUUCACACAGGGAGCAGAACGAUGGGUACUGGUGCAGUUCACACAGGGAGUGGGGUGAUGGGCACUGGUGCAGUUCACACAGGGAGUAGAACGAUGGGCACUGGUGCAGUUCACACAGGGAGCAGAACGAUGGGCACUGGUGCAUUUCACACAGGGAGUGGGGUGAUGGGCACUGGUACAGUUCACACAAGGAGCAGAACGAUGGGCACUGGUGCAGUUCACAAAGGGAGCGGGUCAUUGGGCACUGGUGCAGUUCACACAAGGAGCAGAACGAUGGGCACUGCUGCAGUUCACAAGGGGAGUGGGUCAUUGGGCACUGGUGCAGUUCACACAAGGAGCAGAACGAUGGGCACUGGUGCAGUUCACACAGGGAGGAGAAUAAUGGGCACUGGUGCAGUUCACACAGGGAGGAGAAUGAUGGGCACUGGUGCAGUUCACACAGGGAGCAGAACGAUGGGCACUGGUGCAGUUCACACAGGGAGUGGGGUGAUGGGCACUGGUGCAGUUCACACAGGGAGUGGGGUGAUGGGCACUGGUGCAGUUCACACAGGGAGUGGGGUAAUGGGCACUGGUGCAGUUCACACAAGGAGCAGAACGAUGGGCACUGGUGCAGUUCACAAAAGGAGCGGGUCAUUGGGCACUGGUGCAGUACACACAAGGAGCAGAAUGAUGGGCACUGGUGUAGUUCACACAGGGAGGAGAAUGAUGGGCACUGGUGCAGUUCAUACAGGGAGCAGAACGAUGGGCACUGGUGCAGUUCACACAGGGAGUGGGGUGAUGGGCACUGGUGCAGUUCACACAGGGAGCAGAACGAUGGGCACUGGUGCAGUUCACACAGGGAGCGGGGUGAUGGGCACUGGUGCUGUUCACACAGGGAGCAGAAUGAUGGACACUGGUGCAGUUCACACAGGGAGCAGAAUGAUGGGCACUGGUGCAGUUCACACAGGGAGUGGGGUGAUGGGCACUGGUGCAGUUCACUCAGGGAGUAGACUGAUGGGCACUGGUGCAGUUCACACAGGGAGCAGAACAAUGGGCACUGGUGCAGUUCACACAGGGAGUGGGAUGAUGGGCACUGGUGCAGUUCACACAAGGAGCAGAAUGAUGGGCACUGGUGCAGUUCACACAGGGAGUGGUUCGAAGGGCACUGGUGCAGUUCACACAAGGAGCAGAACGAUGGGCACUGGUGCAGUUCACACAGGGAGCAGAACGAUGGGCACUGGUGCAGUUCACACAGGGAGCAGAACGAUGGGCACUGGUGCAGUUCACACAGGGAGCAGAAUGAUGGGCACUGGUGCAGUUCACACAGGGAGCAGAACGAUGGGCACUGGUGCAGUUCACACAGGGAGUGGGGUGAUGGGCACUGGUGCAGUUCACACAGGGAGCAGAAUGAUGGGCACUGGUGCAGUUCACACAGGGAGUGGGGUGAUGGGCACUGGUGCAGUUCACACAGGGAGCAGAAUGAUGGGCACUGGUGCAGUUCACACAAGGAGCAGAACGAUGGGCACUGGUGCAGUUCACACAAGGAGCAGAAUGAUGGGCACUGGUGCAGUUCACACAAGGAGCAGAACGAUGGGCACUGGUGCAGUUCACACAAGGAGCGGGUCGAUGGGCACUGGUGCAGUUCACACAGGGAGCAGAAUGAUGGGCACUGGUGCAGUUCACACAGAGAGUGGGUCAAUGGGCACUGGUGCAGCUCACACAGGGAGCAGAACGAUGGGCACUGGUGCAGUUCACACAAAGAGCGGGUCGAUGGGCACUGGUGCAGUUCACACAGGGAGCAGAAUGAUGGGCACUGGUGCAGUUCACACAGGGAGUGGGGUGAUGCACACUGGUGCAGUUCACACAAGGAACAGAACGAUAGGCACUGGUGCAGUUCACACAGGGAGUGGGGUGAUGGGCACUAGUGCAGUUCACACAGGGAGCGGGGUGAUGGGCACUGGUGCAGUUCACACAGGGAUUAGAACGAUGGACACUGGUGCAGUUCACACAGGGAGCAGAACGAUUGGCACUGGUGCAGUUCACACAGAGAGUGGCUCGAUGGGCACUGGUGCAGUUCACACAGGGGGCAGAACGAUGGACACUGGUGCAGUUCACACAAGGAGCAGGUCGAUGGGCACUGGUGCAGUUCACACAGGGAGCAGAACGAUGGGCACUGGUGCAGUUCACACAGGGAGCAGAACGAUGGGCACUGGUGCAGUUCACACAGGGAGUGGGGUGAUGGGCACUGAUUCAGUUCACACAGGGAGAGGGGUGAUGGGCACUGGUGCAGUUCACGCAGGGAAGGUGGAAUAUUUUUACCACUGA